AUGGGUUAAACAUGCAAUGGAUGCUAAUGUUAACAUCAUUCUGUAGAAUCCAUUUCGGAAGUCAAUGUGAAAAAGAAACCUAAGAAAAAGGUUGAGAAGCAAGAAAAGUCAGAGAAGACCGAAAAAUCAGAUCAUCAAUAAGAAUAGAAAUAAGUGGAGAAGACAGACCAUAGUAUUAAGAAAUAAAAAAAAAUCUCAUAAGGGGAAGCAGCAAUAAAAAUUUAAAGAAAUUGGAAGAAACACAAAAAACAGAAGGAAAAAAAGUAAGUAAAGGCUGGUGCUAACAUGAAAUAAUAGUAUUUUAAAGAAGAAAUGGCAAAUGCUCAACCCCCUCCAGACCCUAAUCGAGUUAAAAAUCCACCCUAUCAGUUUUAAUCAGGUGCUGUAUACGAUGGAGAGUGGAAGGAUAAAAAAAGAGAUGGAUUUGGAACGUAAAAAUGGCCAGAUGGGGCUAAAUACGAAGGGUAGUGGGUUGAUAAUAAAGCAUGCGGACAUGGGAAGUUUUAUCAUGCAGAUGGUGAUGUUUUUGAAGGAGAAUGGAAGGAUGACAAAGCUAAUGGUUGGGGUAUCUACAAACAUUAGAAUGGAGCCAUGUAUGAAGGUGAAUGGAGAGAUGAUUUGUAACAUGGAAAAGGAACAGAAACUUGGUAGGAUAAAUCAAAAUAUUCUGGAGAUUAUAUCGAUGGUAAAAAACAUGGAAGAGGGAAGUAUGAUUGGGCUGACGGAUCCUAUUAUGAUGGAGAUUGGAAAGACAAUAAAAUAAAUGGAUUUGGAACUUAUAAAUGGGCAGAUGGAAGAGGAUACACAGGAGAAUGGUUAGAUAACAACAUGAAUGGCAAAGGGGUCUAUUAGUGGCAAGAUGGUAGAAAGUAUGAAGGAUCUUAUCUUAAUGAUAAGAAACAUGGAUUUGGCAUAUAUUACUGGGCUGAUGGUCGAAGAUAUGAAGGGGGUUGGAAGAAUGGUAAAUAACAUGGAAAUGCUAAAUAUUACCUUAAUGAUGGAACCAUUAAGGAAGGAAUUUGGGAAGAUGGUAAAAGAAUAAAAUGGCUAGAUGAUCCUUGA